CAAUUAAAACAACAAGCAGCAACAGCUGCAGCACAAAAGACGCAGCCAAUCAACGAGCUUGAGUUAACGGCCGCAGCAUCAGCAGAAGAAACAGCUGUGCCCACAGUUUGACAAGCAGAGUCAACGCUCGGCUCCCCCGCAUCGUUGCGAACGUCAACGAAUGAGACCACGGCGGCGUUGAGAGAGCGUGUAGAGAAGCAAAGCAGAAAUAAAAGCACCGUUUGACGGAGUUUGCCGGUGGCGGUGGUCCACAGACGACAACUGCCGGUCCAUCCGCUGGUAAUGUGGCAAAUGCUACCCUUGCCGGUGGUAAGAGCACAAGCAAUAACAUGUAUUCCACCCGCCAAUCUGUGAGCACCACGACCGGUGUGCUUAUGGUCGGACCAAAUUUUCGUGUCGGUAAAAAAAUUGGCUGUGGUAACUUUGGCGAAUUGCGUUUAGGAAAAAAUCUUUACAACAAUGAACAUGUAGCAAUAAAAAUGGAGCCUAUGAAGUCAAAGGCUCCGCAACUACACUUAGAGUAUAGGUUUUAUAAGCUAUUAGGAUCACAUGCCGAAAACGCCCCAGAAGGCAUACCACGCAUUUAUCACUUGGGCACUUGUGGUGGCCGUUAUAAUGCCAUGGUUUUAGAGUUAUUGGGAUUAUCAUUAGAAGAUCUCUUCAAUAUUUGCUCCCGUAAAUUUUCACUUAAGACUGUAUUGAUGAUAGCGAAACAACUUCUCCACCGGAUCGAAUAUGUUCAUAGUCGGCACUUAAUUUAUAGGGAUGUUAAACCAGAGAACUUUCUCAUUGGCAGAACAUCAACAAAACGUGAAAAAAUUAUACACAUAAUUGAUUUCGGGUUGGCCAAAGAAUACAUUGAUUUAGACACAAAUAGACAUAUACCAUAUCGGGAGCAUAAAUCCCUAACUGGCACCGCUCGCUAUAUGUCAAUCAACACACAUAUGGGACGCGAGCAGUCGAGGCGUGAUGAUCUGGAGGCUCUGGGUCAUAUGUUCAUGUACUUCUUAAGAGGUUCACUGCCCUGGCAAGGCCUUAAGGCUGAUACACUCAAAGAGAGAUAUCAAAAAAUCGGUGAUACAAAACGUGCAACGCCCAUUGAGGUACUUUGUGAUGGCCACCCCGAAGAGUUUGCAACAUAUUUGCGUUAUGUGCGGCGGUUAGAUUUUUUCGAAACACCGGACUAUGAUUUUCUGCGAAGACUGUUUCAAGACUUAUUCGAACGUAAGGGCUAUACCGAUGAGGGUGAAUUUGACUGGACAGGGAAGACCAUGACCAAGGACCAGCUGGAUCAAAUGAAGGUCAUUAAAAAUGCGCCGCCCUCGUAUUUGGCCAAGAAUAAAUCCGAUAAGUCAACGCCCGUCGGAUCUCUGCAAACUGGCCAUGAAGUCAUCAUUUCACCAAAUAAAGAUCGUCAUAAUGUUACGGCUAAGACAAAUGCCAAAGGAGGUGUUGCUGCGUGGCCGGACGUGCCCAAGCCGGGUGCAACCCUUGGCAAUCUGACACCCGCCGAUCGGCAUGGUUCAGUGCAGGUUGUGAGUUCGACAAAUGGCGAACUGAAUGCGGACGAUCCCACGGCCGGACACUCUAAUACACCCAUCACACAGCAGCCCGAAGUAGAGCUUGUCGACGAAACAAAUGGUUCCUUAUAUUCCAGAUGUUGUUGUUUCUUUAAACGAAAGAAGAAGAAAUCAACGCGCCAAAAAUGACUAGAAGGUGUACAAUGUAGUCCAGAACGCGAGGCAGUCACAUUGCUGCGCGCCACUUCACAUUCAAACUCACGGGAUAGCGUAUUGAAUAAUCCGAGUCAGGAUUACAUACAACAGGCAACGUCGCAGCACACGUUGCGUUAUCCUCCAUCCGCGUCGAUGUUGACGCCAACACCAACUACAAAUACACCGACACUUCCGUUGUAAUUUAUAUAAAUACAGAAA